AUGAAAGGAGGCAAAGGAGACUAUGACCUUAGUCACAGCGGGGACAUCGAUGUUGGUGCAGAAGGAAAAUUCAAGCCGACGGGUGGUAGUGCUGACUUGUCUCUCAAUGGGGAUUUUGAGCUAGCAAAACCAGAAGCUGGCAUUUCGGUAGAUCAACCAAGUGGACCAAAAGUCCAGACAGACUUUGAUGCCACAGCUGACGCUAAACUGCACAGAGGAGAUAAAAAGAGAGGUUCUGGGAAAAGGGGCAGCUUUGGCCUGCCAUCUAUACACUUUGGCAAGUCAAAGCAUAAAGCUUCGGGAGAUGUUGAUGUAAACAUUGAUGUAUCACCCCCAAAGGCAUCUGGAAGUAUAAACGUCAAGGGUAAAGGCAGCCCAAAGAAAAAGAAGGGCAAAUUUGGAUUAGGUUUAGGCGGUAAAAAGGAAGAAAUGGAUGUGAGUGCAGGUAGUGAUAUUGUUACUCCCAAAGUUGACAUUGAAGCAAAGGCUGCAAAACCAAGUGGAGAUAUUAGUGGUGGUCACCUUGCAGGAGUUGGAGACUUCACAGUUGACCUGGAUGUUGCAGCUCCCAAACUUGAUGGGUCAUUCUCUGGCGGUGGAGGCAUUGGUGGAGAUAUUAAUGGAGAUGGAAAAAUUGAUGCAGAUGUUACAGCACCACAACCAGAUGCUUCCCUUUCUGUAGGUGGAGGAAUAGACCUAAGUGCUGGAAGUGGUGAAAUGGGAGAAGUUCCAGAUGUUGGUUUGAAUCUUGGCAAAAAGGGAAAACCUAAAAAGCCAAAAGGAAAAAAAAAGGGAGGCUUUGGUUUUGGAUUUCGAGGUAAAAAGGAUGGGAAAUCAAGCAGCAGUUCCAGUUCUUCAGAAUCAGACCAUGAAGGGAAAGGGGGGUUCAAAGUCAAAUUGCCCAGUUUUGGAUUUUCAGGCAAGGCUAAAAGACUGGUUCUGCAGAAGGAGGAAUUGACAUCAGUGGUGAUGUUGAUGUGUCGGCACCUAAAUCAGAUGGUUCGCUGUCAAUGGCUCACUGUCAGCAGGUGGAGGAAUUGGUGGGGAUUUGGAGGCCUUGGUGGAAUUGGAGAUGGAAACGUUGAUGUUGAUGUCUCAGCACCUAAACCAGAUGGCUCACUGUCAAUAGGUGGAGGAAUUGGUGGGGGAUUUGGAGGCCUGGGUGGAAUUGGAGAUGGAAAAGUUGAUGUUGAUGUCUCAGCACCUAAACCAGAUGGCUCACUGUCAAUAGGUGGAGGAAUUGGUGGGGGUUUUGGAGGCCUUGGUGGAAUUGGAGAUGGAAACGUUGAUGUUGAUGUCUCAGCUCCUAAACCAGAUGGCUCACUGUCUGCAGGUGGAGGAAUUGGUGGGGGAUUUGGAGGUCUUGGUGGAAUUGGAGAUGGAAAAGUUGAUGUUGAUGUCUCAGCACCUAAACCAGAUGGCUCACUCUCGAUAGGUGGUGGAAUUGCACCUAAACCAGAUGGCUCACUGUCAGCAGGUGGAGGAAUUGGUGGGGCAUUUGGAGGCCUUGGUGGAAUUGGAGAUGGAAAAGUUGAUGUUGAUGUCUCAGCACCUAAACCAGAUGGCUCACUGUCAGCAGGUGGAGGCCUUGGUGGGGGAUUUGGAGGCCUUGGUGGAAUUGGAGAUGGACAAGUUGAUGUUGAUGUCUCAGCACCUAAACCAGAUGGCUCAUUGUCAGCAGGUGGAGGAAUUGGUGGGGGAUUUGGAGGCCUGGGUGGAAUUGGAGAUGGAAAAGUUGAUGUUGAUGUCUCAGCACCUAAACCAGAUGGCUCACUGUCAAUAGGUGGAGGCCUUGGUGGUGGAUUUGGAGGCCUUGGUGGAAUCGGAGAUGGAAAAGUUGAUGUUGAUGUCUCAGCUCCUAAACCAGAUGGCUCACUGUCAGCAGGUGGAGGAAUUGGUGGGGGAUUUGGAGGCCUUGAUGGCUCACUGUCAAUAGGUGGAGGCCUUGGUGGGGGAUUUGGAGGCCUUGGUGGAAUUGGAGAUGGAAAAGUUGAUGUUGAUGUCUCAGCUCCUAAACCAGAUGGCUCACUGUCAGCAGGUGGAGGAAUUGGUGGGGGAUUUGGAGGCCUUGGUGGAAUUGGAGAUGGAAAAGUUGAUGUUGAUGUCUCAGCACCUAAACCAGAUGGCUCACUGUCAAUAGGUGGAGGCCUUGCACCUAAACCAGAUGGCUCACUGUCAGCAGGUGGGGGAUUUGGAGGCCUUGGUGGAAUUGGAGAUGGAAAAGUUGAUGUUGAUGUCUCAGCUCCUAAACCAGAUGGCUCACUGUCAAUAGGUGGAGGAAUUGGUGGGGGAUUUGGAGGUCUUGGUGGAAUUGGAGAUGGAAAAGUUGAUGUUGAUGUCUCAGCUCCUAAACCAGAUGGCUCACUGUCAGCAGGUGGAGGAAUUGGUGGGGGAUUUGGAGGCUUUGGUGGAAUUGGAGAUGGAAAAGUGGAUGUUGAUGUCUCAGCACCUAAACCAGAUAGCUCACUGUCAAUAGGUGGAGGAAUUGGUGGGGCAUUUGGAGGCCUUGGUGGAAUUGGAGAUGGAAAAGUUGAUGUUGAUGUCUCAGCACCUAAACCAGAUGGCUCACUGUCAGCAGGUGGAGGAAUUGGUGGGGGAUUUGGAGGCCUUGGUGGGGGAUUUGGAGGCCUUGGUGGAAUUGGAGAUGGAAAAGUUGAUGUUGAUGUCUCAGCACCUAAACCAGAUGGCUCCCUGUCAGCAGGUGGAGGAAUUGGUGGGGUAUUGGGAGGCCUUGGUGGGGGAUUUGGAGGCCUUGGUGGAAUUGGAGAUGGAAAAGUUGAUGUUGAUGUCUCAGCACCUAAACCAGAUGGCUCACUGUCAGCAGGUGGAGGAAUUGGUGGGGGAUUUGGAGGCCUUGGUGAUAUUGGAGAUGGAAAAGUUGAUGUUGAUGUCUCAGCACCUAAACCAGAUGGCUCACUGUCAGCAGGUGGAGGAAUUGGUGGGGGAUUUGGAGGCCUUGGUGGAAUUGGAGGCCUUGGUGGAAUUGGAGAUGGAAAAGUUGAUGUUGAUGUCUCAGCACCUAAACCAGAUGGCUCACUGUCAGCAGGUGGAGGAAUCGGUGGGGGAUUUGGAGGCCUUGGUGGAAUUGGAGAUGGAAAAGUUGAUGUUGAUGUCUCAGCACCUAAACCAGAUGGCUCACUGUCAGCAGGUGGUGGAAUUGGUGGGGGAUUUGGAGGCCUUGGUGGAAUUGGAGAUGGAAAAGUUGAUGUUGAUGUCUCAGCUCCUAAACCAGAUGGCUCACUGUCAAUAGGUGGAGGAAUUGGUGGGGGAUUUGGAGGUCUUGGUGGAAUUGGAGAUGGAAAAGUUGAUGUUGAUGUCUCAGCUCCUAAACCAGAUGGCUCACUGUCAAUAGGUGGAGGAAUUGGUGGGGGAUUUGGAGGCCUUGGUGGAAUUGGAGAUGGAAAAGUUGAUGUUGAUGUCUCAGCACCUAAACCAGAUGGCUCACUGUCAGCAGGUGGAGGAUUUGGUGGGGGAUUUGGAGGCCUUGGUGGAAUUGGAGAUGGAAAAGUUGAUGUUGAUGUCUCAGCACCUAAACCAGAUGGUUCACUGCCAGCAGGUGGAGGAAUCGGUGGGGGAUUUGGAGGCCUUGGUGGAAUUGGAGAUGGAAAAGUUGAUGUUGAUGUCUCAGCUCCUAAACCAGAUGGCUCACUGUCAAUAGGUGGAGGAAUUGAUGGGGGAUUUGGAGGCCUUGGUGGAAUUGGAGAUGGAAAAGUUGAUGUUGAUGUCUCAGCACCUAAACCAGAUGGCUCACUGUCAGCAGGUGGAGGAUUUGGUGGAGGAUUUGGAGGCCUUGGUGGAAUUGGAGAUGGAAAAGUUGAUGUUGAUGUCUCAGCACCUAAACCAGAUGGCUCACUGUCAGCAGCACCUAAACCAGAUGGCUCACUGUCAGCAGGUGGAGGAAUCGGUGGGGGAUUUGGAGGCCUUGGUGGAAUUGGAGAUGGAAAAGUUGAUGUUGAUGUCUCAGCACCUAAACCAGAUGGUUCACUGUCAAUAGGUGGAGGAAUUGGUGGGGGAUUGGGAGGCCUUGGUGGAAUUGGAGAUGGAAAAGUUGAUGUUGAUGUCUCGGCACCUAAACCAGAUGGUUCACUGUCAAUAGGUGGAGGAAUUGGUGGGGGAUUUGGAGCACCCAACCCAGAAGGUUCUCUCUCUGUUAGUGGUCCUGAUGUAAGUGGAGAUGGCAUUAGUGGCAAUUUUGGUGGAGGCAUUGGUGAUGGUGCAGGUGGUAGCUUUGGGGGUGGAGAUAUUGACAUUGAAACUAAAGCACCAAAACCAGAUGGCUCAUUUUCUGUAGGUGGAGGUCUGGCCUUGGCUGGUGAGGGAUUUGGUAAAGAUUUUGGAGGUGACCUAGAUAUGGUUACACCUAAGGUUGAUGACAGCGUAAAAGCAGUCAAACCAAAAGCCAACGCAUCAGCUGGAGGUUUUGUUGGCAGAGGCCUUGGAGGUGGUAUUGCUGGAGGCUUUGAUGGCAUCGGAGAUGGAAAAAUUGAUGUGGAUACUGCAAUACCCAAACCAGAUACCUCAUUCUCUGCAGGUGGAGGGAUUGAUGUAGGCCUUGGCUUUAGUGGAGACCACAAGGGAGAUAUUGGUGGAAUCGGAAAUGGAAAAUUUGAUGUCAGUGGGGAGUUUGGCAGCGAUGAUAUUAAGCCUGAAGUUGACAUGAAUGUCAAAGCAGCUAAACCAGAGGGUUCAUUAAGUGGAGAGAUCGGUGGCAUUUUGACUGGUGGCCCUGAUAUUGGCAGUGGUCUCGGAGCAGAUGUUGACAUUGAUGUUGGUACAACAAAACCCGACAUGUCAAUGGGCGGCCUGGAUGGAAUUGGAAUGGGAGGCACAGCUGGCGAUAUUAGUGGUGAUGUUGGUGUUGGCUUAUCUGGUGGAGCCAAAUUGGGCCUACCUGAAGUAACAGGUUCUGCUAGUACUAAAACUGAUGGUAAAAAGCGGAAGAAAAGAGGAAAAGGAAAGAAGAAAAAGGAUCAUGAGGGAUCAUCAGUCGAUGGUGCUGUUUCAGUAGAUGUACCAAGUGCAGACAUCGGAGUAGUGGGCGGGGAUGGUGGAGAAGUUGACGUUGACAAAGCUGCUUCUGGAGGACUUUCUGUUAAACUGCCAGAAAUGUCGGGCUCAUUAGCAGGCAAAGCUGACGUUGAUGUUAAAACAGAAUCAAAGGCUCGUCCAAAGAAGAAAAAGAAGGAAAAGAAAGGAUUCUUUGGGUCAAUAGGCCUGUCCAGAGAUUCUACUUCUAGCUCCAGCUCUAGCUCCAGUUCAUCUUCUGACUCUGAUGAAGGUAUUGGCUCCAGAAUAAUGUCAACAUUUGGAUUUGGCAAAAAAGACUCCAGUGACUCUGAUAACCCCAAUUCAAAUAACAACAACAAUACGCAGACUGAUGGUACACAAACAAUUGAAACAAGACACGACGACAUGGAACUCAAUGUGAACAAUAAUGCAAAUGGAGAUGAUGCUGAUGAUUCAGCUGCAUAUGCCAAAGAACAUUCCCACUCCAAAGGAAAGAAGUCUUUGGGGAAGUUUUUCAGCCGCAAAGGUCGACAAACCAUUGUUCAAAUACCAGACGAAGACACUGCUGAUGAAGUAGGACUCCAUGGAGUAGACAGUUUGCACUCCAGUAGAUCUGAUGCUGAGCAUGGAAUCAUGUAUUCAAGUAUUGAAGACCUAGGCACAAUAGCAGAAGCUGUUAAGGUGUUGCCACUUCCACAAGGGGCUCCCCCUCCUAAACCAAAGCGUUCGGCAUCGCCCAGUAUUCUAGAAGAAGAGGUGGAUGAAAAGGAGUCUCUUUUCUGGGUUGAAGAGAUUGUAGAUAAAUAUUGUGUAAAUACUGUGCAGGAAACAUCAAUUUCAAACCAAUCCCUGCCAGAGACUGCAACCUUAUCCAACCAAAGGUCUGAUUCAAAACAAUCCAACAAAACCUGUGAAGAAAAUCUUGGAAAUUCUGAGAAGCAGUUUGAACUGUCAUUGACGGAGGAAGAACAGAUGACAAAGUUUAAGCAAAUUUAUCUGUUUGAUUCAGACUUCAUGUUUGCACCACACAUGCAAACUGCAGAAUCGCAGUAUGACAUUGAAGUGGCUUGCGAUAACAAGUCUUCAGAAAACAUCCAACUCCAAAGUCAACGUGCAACCAGUGUUCCUAGUUUAGCACCUAGUGAUCCACAAGCAAGCAUUUCUGCCUCAGACACCAAGCCUUUGCAGACGAAGCCUAACAAUCUGCUUGUGAAGAGGCACCAAUUUUAG